AUGGACAAUGUUCAGCCCGAAAAUCAAGGAUGGAGGUCGCGCCUUUAUUCACAGGUGCCAUUGAAAUCGAAAAAUGGAACUGUUCGGUUGCUCACGAUAGAGCCCCGUAGCCGCGUACGGUCAAAUGCAGCCGAAGAUCAAAAUAUCACGCAAUGUUUCCUCAAGCUGGGGAACCUGAAGACCCAGCAAUCAGCUUUCGUGGCGAUAUCGCAUGCGUGUGAGAAGGGGGGAGAUGAGGAGAUCAUGGUCAACGGCGCGCUGGUUCCAGUCUCAACCGAUAUUGCUGAGCUGCUCCGAUCCCUUCAGCACGAGCAUGAUCCCGUGACGAUAUGGAUGGAUGCUUUGUGUAUCAAUUACAGCGACGUUGAGGAGAAGUCGGCACAACUGGCUCAGAUGCCCCAGAUACUAUCGGCUGCUUCAUCGACCCUUGUGUGGCUAGGAGGGACCGCAGAUGGAAGCCACGGGGCAAUGGAUGCCUUGAACCGCCUGGACGAAGAACACCUUACCCCAGCGGCCCAGAAGCUUCUGCUGGCGGCAUUACGCAAGACCCCUUGGAUCACAAAGUUGCCGACUACAGUGACGCAACCAAGUCAACCUGCUAAAGAAGAAAGUCUCGAGGACCAAUUGGACGCUCUAAGAACUUCGUUCAAGGCAUUGAUGAGCAGGCCAUAUUGGUCUAGACUGUGGUCCUUGACGGAGUUGGUGUUUACAAACAAGGGCACCGUAAUGUGUGGAACUCGCUCGUUGGAUCUGCACCGUUUCCACGCUGCGGCCAAAGCUCUCGACGGAGUUCUCAACAUGGCGACAUACUCAAAAUGGCUCGAGGCCAACAAGACGACAAAUACAUCCGCAAACCUUGACAAUACUGAGCCGGCCAACUUCUCUGCCUCGCCUGCACUAUUGCUCCUUGCCGAGCGGGAGUUCUUUGUUGGAAGCCGCGGCUGGUGGUCAUCUACAGAACAUCCUCUGUUGACGAUCCUUAUGAGAUAUCACCUGAACCGCGCUGAAACUAGACUACACUUGAACCCCGAUGAGCAAUGUGAUCUCAUUUUCGGCUUCGUAGGCCUGUCUUCAGAUGCCGAGAAGCUGGGCAUAUCCAUUGACUAUCGAAAAGACUGGGCGCAAGUCUGUGCCGAGACAACGACAUCGCUACUCCAACACAAUCCAAGAGUGUUGCAACUAUGCCUAGGGCACUCCAAGGCAGAUGAUGGUCGGUCUUCAUGGCUCGUGGACUGGAGCAAGAUUGCCCUCCCAGCCUCAUAUGACUCCGGUCGAUCGUUCAAUGCCUGUGGUCCUGCCGAUGUCCGAUUCUACCGAGCAGAUGCACAGGACGCCCAGAUAAUUACGAUGAAAGGAGUUAUUCUUGACAUUAUCAACAGUGUGACGUCGGUUUCCAAUGACGGUGAGAAUAUCACAGAAGAUAUCAAGAAGGCGAUAGACGAGAAAUUUCAGCAGUCCUUGAGCAUGGAGAAGUCACCAUACACCCAAGAUCAACAGCCCAACGUCCCAACUAGCAUGUUGAAAGAGUCAUGUUUUGUCACAGACAAUGGAUACAUUGGAUGUGGUGAGGGCCCUACCAAGGGCGAUGUCGUUGCAAUAUUGUAUGGCUCUGAAGUCCCUUUUGCUUUGCGGAAGCAGGCUGAUGAAACGUAUCGACUCAUUGGUGAAGUCUACAUUGAAGGCAUCAUGGAAGGCGAGUUCAUGAAGUCGCAUAGAGCGGAAAGCAUCAUCAAAAUUUGCUAG